GUGCGCACGCACGAGGGACAACCCUCUCCACCAGCAGCGUCAUGUAGCUGUCGGCUGCUCAAGUGCGGUGUCCGCAUUAACUCUAUGACAGACCGAGGAGCUCCAGCACCGACAGCGUCAGCUUUGUACACAACCGAGAUCCGGGAGCAGCUCCAGCCCGUGAGACGGCGAACAACGAAACGGGAAAUAAGUAGCCUGUCGAGGAAGGAAGGCACCUCGGCUGCUGGUGCUGUUGCUGCAGCAGAAAGGUGCACUUUGUUAGCUAUACUUUUAUAAGCUUCAUAACCCGGCCGGCAUCUCACCGCCGGACAGAAGAUAUCACCGUAUCAGAGAGAGGCGAAAGGGAACCCAGUUGGACGUUUGUUCUCUUCCGCAAAAAAGAUGGCAUCAAACGACUCGCGGCUCCAGCAGCAGCCGUCCCAAAAGGACGCAGCCGACCAGAACUUUGACUACAUGUUCAAGCUGUUGAUCAUUGGCAACAGCAGCGUGGGCAAAACCUCCUUCCUUUUCCGCUACGCAGACGACUCCUUCACCUCUGCGUUCGUCAGCACCGUGGGCAUCGACUUCAAGGUCAAGACGGUCUUCCGCAACGACAAGAGGAUCAAACUGCAGAUCUGGGACACGGCAGGGCAAGAACGCUACCGCACCAUCACCACAGCCUACUACAGAGGAGCCAUGGGCUUCCUGCUCAUGUAUGACAUCACCAACCAGGACUCCUUCAACGCAGUGCAGGACUGGGCGACGCAGAUCAAGACAUACUCAUGGGACAACGCUCAGGUGAUCCUAGUCGGCAACAAGUGUGACCUGGAGGACGACAGGCUCGUUCCCACAGAGGACGGCCAGCGUCUGGCAGAGGAUCUAGGUUUCCAGUUCUUCGAGGCCAGCGCUAAGGACAACAUCAACGUCAAGCAGGUGUUUGAGCGUCUAGUGGACGUCAUCUGUGAGAAGAUGAACGAGAGCAUGGAGGGAGACGCCAACCUCGUGUCCAACCACAGGAACCAGGGCCUUAAAGACUUGCCUUCAGAGAACCAUGGGGGCUGUGCUUGCUAAACCAUCUGCCUUCUUACCAAGUCACCCAACAUACACACACACAUACACAUACUGAUACUCAUACAUAAAGACCGACUCCUGCUCUGUGCCUCAACCAUGGAAAGUGCUGAGCCUUUUCCUCUCUCUUUACUGCAGCCAAACACAGCCCAGCACAGACCAAAGGACAGCUAGCUGAGAUAAUCAUCAUUAGCUCUGUCAGACCCCUCUGCUCUCCUGCUUCUCUUUCUUUUCCCGUAAAGAGGCCCACUCUGUGUUUGUGAUCUUGACCCAUCAGCUCUGUGGUGAGCUGAUAGUCCACUGAAGCCUGCCCUGUGCUCUGUCCACCCCCACAUCAACCACUUUGACCACUGCUGCGCUAUUAGCAUUUUACAUUUACUGUACUUGAAACAUUUGUUCAGUGGCUUUCAUUUUCUGAGCCAAAUAUUUGUGCAGAUAGCUUGAAGCUAGUGAUGCCAAAUGUGAUGGAGACACAACAUGUGUUGUUUGGCAUUCAUUGUUCUGUUUGAAAUUCAUACAUAUGCUUGACUUUCUAUGAGCCUAUGAGCCUU